AAAUGUUUUAACCUACAUUUAAUAAUACACAGACAAUAUAGUCAUCAUUUGGUCGAACCCAAUUAAUCAUUAUAUAGUUUUUUUAACACAAUCAUUAUAUAAUUAUACUCACCAAAUUAUAAAAACAUACCGGCCGUGUAUAUAUAUAUAAUUUUCUAUAUUAAUUUAUUAGCCUUCCAAACUGUUCAUACUCCAUAUAAAUCCUUCUCCACACGUAUCUCUAACAUCCAUAACAUUCUUCUAACAAAACCCAAAUUUCAGAAGAAAAAAAAGUUUUAAAGUAAAAUAAUUAAUGGCGAUAAAGAAGUCAUCUCAAGCAGCAUCGAUCAAGCAAAUCUUAAAGAGAUGCUCGUCGAGCCUAGGGAAGAAUAAGAACGUCACUGGUUGCUACUAUAAACAAGAAGAUGGUCUUCCUCAAGACGUGCCGAAAGGUCAUUUUCCGGUUUACGUUGGACCAAACCGAAGUCGGUACAUCAUUCCCAUCUCGUGGCUCGAACACUCCGAGUUUCAAACGUUACUCCGACUAGCCGAGGAAGAGUAUGGUUUUGACCAUAAUAUGGGUGUAAUCAUACCCUGUGAUGAAGUGUUCUUCAGGUCUCUAAUCUCUAUGUUCAGAUAAAUUCAAUCGGGGACUCAAGAAUCAAAGAAGGAUGACUUAUAGUAGUUACAAGAUGAUUGAUUAUUUUUUGUGAUGGUUAGAAGAGGAUAUCUCUAUAUCAUAAAGAAAUUCGAAUUUGAAGUGGAGGGUAAAUCCAAAAAACAAGAAACAAAAACGAAGGGGGGUUACAAGCUUCGUGUUAGGCAUCAACUCUUUUUUUUUUCCUUUUCCUAAAAUUACAGUUUCUAGUUUCUUUUUCUUAUAAUGUUUUGUAGUGGGUGGGCUGGGAUACUUUUUCCCCAACGUUAACGGCCAACGUGACAUGUUGACGAGUGA